UCUUCCAAAAGUUAAUUUCCAGAAGCGAUACGUGUUUAUCCAUUUGCGUGGCACGUCAUGGUUAAUGGGGUACUGGUACAUAGUAUCUAAGAGACGAACGGCGGGGUAAGCGAAGGAGAGAUCGGAAUGGACGGCCCUCCAGGCGGCGAUCUGUGUUCGGUUUGCCAUGGCAACUUCGACACUCCUUGUCCAGCCAAUUGCUCUCACUGGUUUUGCGGAGAGAUAUGGUUUUCUUUUUAAUCUGAUCAGUUGUCCUUGAUCUUAAUAAUCAAAAGUGGAUCUCCUAUUAGCCAGUUUUCUCGAGACCCCUGCUGCAAAUUCGGGCAAAGUCAUGCAAUCAGUUCUUGCUUACCAUGUUAUUAUGUGCAGAAGAUACUUUAUAGUGUAUGCCACCAUCUUAUUCUCGUUUCAUCCCAAGAGGCCUUUCUAUAUCUCAAAUCCAAAGAUUCAUACCUAAAAGCUGGAAGGAAGGAACGAAACAGUUUGGGAAAUCAUCUGCUUUAUGUAUUUUGGAAACAGAUUCAGCUGUUGAUUAUUCUAUGAUAGAUUCUCUUCUUACAUCCAUCAAGCAUUAUGCAAGCCAAGGAAAUUUAUCAAAAGCAUUCAAAACUAUCUCCCUUGUCCAGCUCCAUGCCGCUUCUCCUACUUGUGACCUUAUCUUACAUUCCAUCUCUUCUGUUAUCUUAUCUUGUGCCAACCAUAAAGCAUUACCACAGGGUGAACAACUUCAUGCACAUAUUGUUAGAUUGGGGUUUGAACAACACCCCAUUUUGGUUCCCAAGCUGGUUACAUUUUACUCAAGCUUUAAUCUCCAUGCUGAGGCUCGUAUCAUUCUUGAGAAUUCAAAUAUAUUGCAUCCUCUACCUUGGAAUGUGCUCAUCUCUUCAUAUGUUAAAAAUGAACUUUUGGAUGAGGCUCUCUCUACGUAUAAACAAAUGGUCGACAAGGGGAUUAGGCCAGAUUGUUUCACUUACCCAUCUGUUCUCAAGGCUUGUGGUGAAAAAUUGGAUAUAAGUUUUGGCAGGGAGGUGCAUAAGUCCAUUGAUGCUCAUUGUCAGGAGUGGAAUUUAUUUGUGCAUAAUUCAUUGGUCUCCAUGUAUGGGAAAUUUGGGCUUCUCGACAUUGCUCGUCACUUAUUCGACAAAAUGCCCACAAGGGAUGCAAUUUCUUGGAAUGCAAUGAUCUCUGGUUAUGCCUCCAAGGGCAUGUGGACGGAUGCAUUCGAGCUGUUUGGAAACAUGCAGAUGGAGGGUAUUGGUAUUAAUAUCUUACUUUGGAAUACCAUUGCUGGUGGGUGCUUGAGGACAGGUAAUUAGGGUGCUCUUGAGUUGCUUUCUCAAAUGAUAAGUUAUGGUAUUUUAUUGGACUCAGUAGCAUUGACAAUUGGUUUGAGUGCUUGUUCCCACAAUGGAGCCAUUAAAUUAGGGAAGGAAAUUCAUGGUUUUGCGAUUCGUAGUGGUUGUGAUGGUUAUGAUAAUGUUAAUAAUGCAUUGAUUACAUUGUAUUCUAGGUGCAAAGACCUUAGGAAAGCCUAUACUUUGUUUAAAUUGAUAGAAGAUAGGAGUAUAAUUACUUGGAACUCCAUGCUUUCUGGUUAUUCUCACAUGGAUCGAGCUGAGGAAGCUUCAUUCUUAUUUAGGGAGAUGUUGUGUUCAGGAAUUGAACCUAACUAUGUUACUAUUGCCAGCAUCCUCCCUCUCUGUGCUCGGGUAGCAAACCUUCAACAUGGGAAGGAGUUCCACUGCUACAUUACAAAGCGUGUAGUGUUUGAUGAUUGUUUAUUGCUACGGAAUGCGCUUGUGGACAUGUAUGCCAGAUCGGGCAAGGUUUUACAGGCGAAAAGAGUAUUUGAUUCAAUGUCGAAGAGGGAUGAAGUAACUUAUACUUGCAUGAUUGCGGGAUAUGGAGUCCAGGGUGAAGGAAAAGCUGCACUGAAGUUAUUCGAAGAGAUGAACUUGUUACACAUAAAACCAGAUCAUGUAACUAUGGUUUCAAUUUUAUGCUGUAGCCAUUCUGGUCUAGUAAUCCAAGGCCAAAUGAUAUUUGAAAAGAUGCUGAGUGUUUACGGUAUAACUCCUGAUUUGGAGCACUAUGCCUGCAUGGUUGAUCUCUUUGGGAGGGCCGGUCUACUAAACAAAGCAAAGGAGAUUAUCACAAGGAUGCCUUACAAGCCAACUUCUGCUAUGUGGGCUACACUUAUUGGAGCAUGUCAGAUCCAUGGAAAUAUGGAGAUAGGGGAAUGGGCAGCCGGGAAGCUGUUAGAAAUGAGACCAGAAAAUUCUGGUUACUAUGUGUUAAUUGCUAACAUGUAUGCUGCUGCUGGUUGUUGGAACAACCUAGCGAGAGUGAGGACUUUCAUGAGGGACUUGGGUGUGAGGAAGGAUCCUGGCUGUGCUUGGGUUGAUGUGGGCAAUGGAUUUUCACCCUUUUUGGUGGGGGACACAACAAAUCGGCUGAGAGAUGAAAUUUACCUUUUGUUGGAUGGCUUAACGGAGUUGAUGAAAGAUACUGAUUCCGUUGUCAAUGGGGAUAUAAGUUCAGGUUAUGAUGUUUUUGAGGAUUAGAAUAGAAGGAAGCUGAUUAUACAAAAAGGAUUGCUAACACAAUGCCAUGUAAAUUGAUUUCAAUUCUGUAAUCUUGAGACACUUGCAGAUCCAUGGGUUUACCAAUUUUGAAGUGGAAAUUACUCUCUUCUAAAACCCCGUGGAUAGGAAGAAGUGGUCAUCAUUUUUUUUGCCACUUUUGUGUGUAGGGUUCGAGGUGCUUGAGUCAAUGGACUGAACCUAGGGAAAGAGUGAAAGAGUAUGCAGGUAUUUCCUUUGUUUUGGAUCUUCUCUCUCUGUCUCCCCUCAGCUGGAUCGAUGA